AUGGGAGCGCCGUUUCUUCCCAAAGCCAUAAGCCUCAGUGCCUCACCGCAAGCCCCAACUCUCCUUGCGUCCUUCCUCAUUCCUCCAUUGCCGCAACUCUUCUUCCUCCUCCGUGCUCUCCUCGCAAUGCCGCUGCUUCGUGCCCUUCUCUCCUCUCUACGCUGCUGCUCUAUGCUCUUCUUGGCAAUAAUGGAUAGUACCAACAUGGAUGUAGUAAUGGCUCAAGAACAACAAGAAGAAAUUUCUGUUGAAGAAACUGCUAAUUUUGUUCCAGACGAGUCUGCCUCGAGUGAAAAUAGAAACAAAUCUUUAUUGAAAAGUAUUUAUUGGCAAUACUUUAGUAGAUAUAAAGAGGAGAAAGAGUGGAAGGCAAAGUGCAACCAUUGUAAGUCUGUUCUUGGUGCCAAUCCAAGGAAUGGGACUACAAAUUUGAAGAAACAUUUGCCCCAUUAUUGUAAGAGAAUAAAAUUAGCAAAUUCAAGACAAUCAACAAUUGCUAAAUUUCUUUAAAGACAUGGAAAUAAUAGUUCAGAUGCUUUUAUAUUUGAUGUAUCUCACACAAGAAAAUUGAUUGCCAAGUCCAUUUGUAUGCAUGAGUAUCCUUUGUCAUAUGUGGAUCAUGUUGCAACAAGGGAAGUGUUUACUUCAAUGCAACCAACGUUUAAGAUUCCAAGUCGAAACACAAUCAAGAAGGAUAUCUUUGAAAUGUACGAAGUGGAGAAGCUUAAUAUAAACAAGAUGAUGGAUGCAAAUGAUAGUUGAGUAGCUAUUACAACUGACAUGUAGACUUCCAACCAGGAAAAAAAAAUACAUGGUUGUUACAGCACACUACAUUGAUAGUUCAUGAAAUUUGCAAAUGCGAGUAUUGAGGUAAUACCUUAAACUUAUGUUCCUGCUCCUCAUUCAAGUGAA